AUGGAGCAGGGCGAGGAGGAGGAAGAGACCUGCGAGGGCAGCGGCAAUUGCAGCUUGCCCACGCCUGGAUGGAGUGCCUGUUCCCAACACCACCAACCUCUGUGCAGGACUCCCUGUGUGGACCUGGGGUCCGUGGGGCCUCCUGACCCUCCGUCGGGGGAGCCUUCACCCGGGGAAGCUCUGAGGGAGUACCAGUCCAAGCUGGAGUUUGCCCUGAAGCUGGGCUACGCAGAGGAGCUGGUGCGGCUGGUGCUGGCCAAGCUGGGGCCGUACACGCUCAUCAACAACAUACUGGGAGAGCUGGUCAAACUGGGCCGUAAGGCCGAGACAAACCAACAGCUGACUGGGUCCACGGCUUCACAGCCCGCCCCCUCGUCCUCCUGCUCCUCCUCUUCUAUCUGUGGGUAUAUGGAGGCAGUGGAGGCGCAGCAGGAGAGGUCAGACUCUCCCUAUCAGACAGACCUCCUCCUGGGGGACUAGGACAACCUCGUCCUGGACGGUAGCAACGUGGCAAAGAGCCACGGCAAUAAGGAGGUGUUCUCCUGCUACGGCAUCCAGCUGGAUAUUGAUUGGUUACUGUAGCGAGGUCACCGUGACAUCACUGUGUUUGUGCUGUCCUGGAAGAAAAAGCAGUCCCGCCCUGAUGCCCUCAUCACAGACCAGGAUAUCUUACGUCGUCUGGAGAAGGACAAGAUCUUGGUGUUCACUCCAUCUCCGGGUCGGCGGGUGGUCUGCUAUGACGACCGUUUCAUCGCCAAGAUGGCCUACGAGUCCGACGGCAUCGUCUCCAACGACAACUACCGCGACCUGGCCAGUGAGAAGCCAGAGUGGAAGAAGUUAAUUGACGAGCGGCUGCUCAUGUACUCGUUUGUCAACGACAAGUUCAUGCCUCUUGAUGACCCUCUAGGUCGUCAUGGUCCUAGUCUGGAGAACUUCCUGAGGAAACGUCCCAUCAUGCCAGAGCACAAGAAGCAGCCCUGUCCUUACGGCAAGAAGUGCACUUACGGCCACAAGUGUAAGUACUACCACCCGGAGAGGAGUUCCCAGCGCCAAGACCUCUGCCACCUCUACUAGCGCCAAGGGCCAGGCUGGCGAGGCCGGGCUGGUGAAGAGCCACAGCGUGCUCAACAAUGUAGUGAUGGGCACCAAGAGAGGUUCUGCCCCCAAAAGGCAGUGUGAACCCAGCAUCUGGGCGCUGUCCUACGGCGAGGCAGAGGGCAAGCUGAGACACGCUGAGAAAUGCAACAGCCUCAGUAGUAGUAGUGGGAGUAGUUGUUGUAGUGGGAGUGUUACUCUGUCCCCUGCCCCUGGAGGACCCCCCUCUGCCCUCAGCGACCCCCAGGAACAGCCACCGAGCCUGGGCAGGGACACACCCUACAUGACCCUGCCGUACCCCCACCCUGACCCCUACUCCUCCAGCUGUGACCCUCCAGAUCUGAGCUACUACUCAGUGACGCCGGUCCACUCUGGCCUGGCAGCACGGAGGAGUCCGGAGUGCCGCUUCCCGCUGGACACCGACCUGCGUCUGCUGGGCACGUCAGACUGUGGCAAUAGCGGCUGUGACUUGUACGGAGAGAGAGCCUACUGUCUGUGCUGCCCAGGCCCUCUGCUGGACAAAUACGUCCACCAUCAGCAGCAUCAGCACCAUCAACACAACCGCCUGUACUCUCAACACUCUGCCCCCCUGCUCGAGCCACACAACCACCACACACACACCCACCUCUGCCCUCUAUGGCUGUCACCAGAACCUGGCACGGGGCCACAGCUUCCCCCACGACGAGCCCCCUGAAGCACCUUCUGUACCCCCUCCCCUCCAGCACCAGGCCGUAGGCGCCCGCUCCAGCUGCCCUGGAGACUACCCCUCUGUGUCCCAGUCCGGCCCCUACCCUCCUGGCUCCCCUCUGGGCCGCUGCCUGACCAACACGUGGCUGGAGACGCUGUCAGACUCCCGGCCUUACGAACGCACCGCGCUGCCUCCCAGGAUAGCCUUCUCCUGGGAUCCCUACUGCAGCCAACCCCCUCAGUCCCGCUGUGAGACCUACCAGUCUACCAAAGACCCACGAUGUAGGCUGGGGACACACAUCUCCAUGCGGACAGACCACACACUCCUACCACCCCCCUCACCCACCCUACUCCUCUCAGACCCCUCACCCAUCCCAUGCCCUUCAGCCAUCCUGCCCGUCCAUGCCCCCCCACCACAUGCACCAGGAGCCCCCCGCCCUGAGCCGGUACGGGGAAAGGUCUACCUCAUCCUGUGUAACAUCUUCCCCUCCGAGCUGGUGGGCCGGGUUAUGGGGAGGAACCCCGAUGUGACAGACGCCCAGCAGCUAGCUGCCGCCAUCCUAGCUGAGAAGUCCCAGUCCGGCUACUGAGUUCAGCUAGCCUACUGCUCUAUCUCCCUAUUCAUAACAACAGUUAGUUGUAGUUUUGACAAUAUAAGGGUUUGAAUUUGUUUGACUGUACAUUUGUUUGUGGAUAACUUGGUGUUAAUCAUGUGCAGGUGAUGAUGUGCAUUGAUUCACAAAUCACUUUUCCUCUGCUGUUUAUCAAAUCUGGGAAAAAAAUUAAAUUACUUUGGAAAUCUAAUCUGAGGGAUCUGAUUAUGCCUAAUCUUACUUCUAUGCUAUAUUUUUUUACUCCAUUUGUAAAUAUUCACCCCCAAAUUGAUGACCAUUUAUCAACAGAAUAUUGGUUGUUGGGGAUAUGCUAUAUCUGUAUGUUUUCUGUUUUUCAGUGCUGUGUGUUGUUGUGAUUAGGUGGCUGAGUAAGUCUUCUCAGUUGAGAGAAUGUCUGUAAGUACCUUGCAGUAGUUGUAGAGACGGGCACGUUCGUCGACCUUGUCUAUCUUAGUUUUAUUAAGGGACGUCUCUGGCCCCUCGUUUUGGCUCCAAGCCUGCUGCAGACACAGUAGACUCGAGCUCAAAUCCCAAGUCAAUUCCCUUUGGCUGUUUUCCCUGAAGACCUAUCCAAAGGGCUCAGAGCACUUGGCUUGAUGUUGACAAUCUGUUACAGUUACCGGCACAAUUCCUGGUAGACAGAGAAAGCCUUUCUUUGUAUCGUUAAUUUAGGAUUAUAUACCUGUACGUGUUUAAACAAUUCAUGAAAAGCUGUUUAUAUAUAGCUGGUGCAUUUUGAAUAAUAAUACUGUACGAGAUAUUCCGGGCAACAUAUGAUUAUUUUUAGAAAUGUUUAGGAAUAUUAAUCAAAUUAGAUACAUGAAAAAGGUGAGUUGGCUACCUCUUUCGUGAGUUAUUCUGACUUUUUUGGGAUGGAGAAUAGCCUAGGCUGGGUUGAACCCAAGUGGCCAGCUAGGUGAAAUUAAAUGGGUAAACUGCUGCCUGAAAUCUGCAGUGGGUUGGUUG